GAAGCAGCACAAGCCUUAAUUUAUGCCGAGAUGGCAGGAUCCAGCCUAGAACGUAUUCAAGAAAAAAUAAAUGAGUAUCUGGAAAGAGUUCAAGCUCUGCAUUCUGCAGUUCAGUCAAAGAGUGCUGGUCCUUUGAAAUCAAAACAUCAGUUAGACUUGGAGCGUGCUCAUUUCCUUGUUACACAAGCUUUUGAUGAAGAUGAAAAACAGAAUGUUGAAGAAGCUAUAGAAUUGUAUACGGAAGCUGUGGAUCUCUGUCUGAAAACUUCUUCUGAAACUGCUGAUAAAACCCUGCAAAAUAAACUGAAACAGUUGGCUCGACAGGCCCUAGAUAGAGCAGAAGCAUUGAGUGAGCCUUUGACAAAGCCGUUCUACAAAAUCAAGUCAAAUAUUAAACCAAAACCACCUCCAGUGAAAACCCAUUUUCCAUUAGGAGCUAAUUCCUUCCCUGAAAAAUCUCAGCCAUUUGUAAGUCCACAGUCAUGCGAUGCACAAGGACAGAGGUACACAGCAGAAGAAAUAGAAGUGCUCAGGACAACAUCAAAAAUAAAUGGUAUAGAAUAUGUUCCUUUCAUGAGUGUUGAUUUGAGGGAACGCUUUGCUUAUCCAAUGCCUUUCUGUGAUAGAUUGGGCAAGCUACCAUUAUCACCUAAACAAAAAACAACAUUUUCCAAGUGGGUUCGACCAGAAGACCUCACCAGCAAUCCUACAAUGAUAUAUACUGUGUCCAGUUUUAGCAUAAAGCAGACAAUAGUAUCAGAUUGUUCCUUUGUGGCAUCAUUGGCUAUCAGUGCAGCUUAUGAGAGACGGUUUAAUAAAAAGCUGAUUACCAGCAUAAUUUAUCCUCAGAAUAAGGAUGGUGAGCCAGAGUACAAUCCCUGUGGAAAGUAUAUGGUAAAACUUCACCUCAAUGGAGUCCCGAGGAAGGUGAUAAUUGAUGACCAAUUACCUGUUGAUCAUAAGGGAGAAUUGCUGUGUUCUUACUCCAACAAUAAAAGUGAAUUAUGGGUGUCUCUCAUAGAAAAAGCAUACAUGAAGGUUAUGGGAGGUUAUGAUUUCCCAGGAUCCAAUUCGAAUAUUGAUCUUCAUGCACUGACUGGGUGGAUACCAGAAAGGAUUGCUAUGCAUUCAGAUAGCCAAACUUUCAGUAAGGAUAAUUCUUUCAGAAUGCUUUAUCAACGAUUUCACAAAGGGGACGUCCUCAUCACCGCAUCGACGGGAAUGAUGACUGAAGCUGAAGGGGAGAAGUGGGGCCUGGUUCCCACACAUGCGUAUGCUGUUCUGGAUAUUAGAGAGUUCAAGGGGCUGCGAUUUAUCCAGUUGAAAAAUCCUUGGAGCCAUUUACGUUGGAAAGGAAGAUACAGUGAAAAUGAUGUAAAAAACUGGACUCCAGAGUUGCAAAAACAUUUAAAUUUUGAUCCUCGAACAGCUCAGAAAAUAGAUAAUGGAAUAUUUUGGAUUUCAUGGGAUGAUCUCUGCCAGUAUUAUGAUGUGAUUUAUUUGAGCUGGAAUCCAGGUCUUUUUAAAGAAUCGACAUGUAUUCACAGUACUUGGGAUGCUAAGCAAGGACCUGUGAAAGAUGCCUAUAGUCUGGCCAACAACCCCCAGUACAAACUAGAGGUGCAGUGUCCACAAGGGGGUGCUGCAGUUUGGGUUUUGCUUAGUAGACACAUAACAGACAAGGAUGAUUUUGCAAACAAUCGAGAAUUUAUCACAAUGGUUGUAUACAAGACUGAUGGGAAAAAAGUGUAUUACCCAGCUGACCCGCCUCCGUACAUUGAUGGAAUUCGAAUUAACAGCCCGCAUUAUCUGACGAAGAUAAAACUGACCACGCCUGGGACCCACACCUUUACAUUAGUGGUUUCUCAGUAUGAAAAACAGAACACAAUCCACUACACGGUCCGGGUAUAUUCAGCAUGCAGCUUUACUUUUUCAAAGAUUCCUUCACCAUACACCUUAUCAAAACGGAUCAAUGGAAAGUGGAGUGGUCAGAGUGCUGGAGGAUGUGGAAACUUCCAGGAGACUCACAAAAAUAACCCCAUCUACCAAUUUCAUAUAGAAAAGGCGGGGCCUUUACUGAUUGAGCUAAGAGGACCAAGGCAAUACAGUGUUGGAUUUGAAGUUGUAACGGUUUCUUUGGCAGGAGACCCUGUUCCCCAUGGCUUUCAGAGGAAAUCUAGUGGUGAUUAUAGGUGUGGAUUUUGCUACCUGGAAUUAGAAAACAUACCAUCUGGGAUCUUUAAUAUCAUUCCCAGUACUUUUUUGCCUAAACAAGAAGGACCUUUUUUCUUGGACUUUAAUAGUGUUAUCCCCAUAAAGACAACACAACUUCAGUGACAGAGAAAUCUCAGCGAUAACUGGAGGUUGUACUUGCUAAGCAUCAACUCUUCAAUGAGGACACAAUCAUCAGGAAAAUAAAUACAACAAUCAGAACAGGAUUAAGUUUCAAAACGUGUUACAAUGGAACCUGGUGCUUGUCACGGAUUGGUAAGAACUGUAUGCAGUCAGAAUUAUCUUUGUCACCUAGAAGUACUGUUUACAUGGUUUUGUGUAUAGAGAGAGUUGGCUUGCGUUUAGGGGCCACUUGGUGUAAAAAUGCGUAUGAUUAGAAGUCAGACUCAGUCGUCACUGUGAGAUGCCUGGAGGCCAAGGCUGAGAUCAGAUGAGGGAUGUACACUCACUAAACAGAAAGGCAGACUAUUUUAAUAUUCCGAAAUAAUUAUGUUUCCUUUUUUUUUAGAAAGCAUGUUGUUAGUUAAAUCUGUGUUGAGUCCCUCUGUGUAUCUGGGGCAACUGAUUACCAAAUGAAUCAUGUCACUGUAAUUAGUGUUGCAUUAUUUAUGACUUUAAAUGUUUAUUGUUGCCCAGAUGUUAUAAAAGAAUAAAGCUUUAAGAAGUACCAAUUAGCUUAGCAUGAAGAUGCUCAGGCUUAAGAAUAAAGGUCGUGAGGUUAGAACCUGUCUCCCAUUGCAGCAUAGAGAAUUGAGGUAUAGUCAUGGUGGCAGUUUUUUUUAUCAGGUUGAUGAAAGUAGCAAUCUGAGGUAUUAAGGACGUUAUAGUUUAGUUCGUAUAGUCUUUUUAGUUACUCUGUAGUUCAGUGUUCUUGUGGUAACAAUGUUUUGAAGAAAUUGAAAAUUGAGUGUGUGGUUCUGGGUCACACGGCACUCAGAACAAGGGGGCUGCCAAGAACUGGCGUCGCGCACACUCCUAGCCGUUUACGUAAAAGCCCGUCCGCACAGAGUGCUUGGGGUUUGAAGGCCUGAAACUAGGGUGGGACUCUCCAUCGUCUCUACUUUAUAAUUAUCAAACCUCUUCUUUUGUAUUUCUGCUGCCUUUAAUGGAAAUAAAACGUUUAUACUGACGGAAAA